AAACCCUAGCAUUCUUUCUUUGCCACCACCGAUUCUCGCGCUUUCUUCCUCACACUCCUCUGAAUCGAAGCACCGAUCAUGGCGGCGAGUAAGCGCACAGUGUUGCAAUUCUCUUCUUCCCAAACCUUAUCCGGGAAGGUUCAUCCUCUCGUUAUCUUCAACAUCUGUGAUUGCUAUGUCCGUCGUCCUGACCAAGCGGAGCGUGUCAUCGGGACGCUCCUCGGCUCCGUUCUCCCCGACGGAACCGUCGAUAUCCGUAAUUCAUACGCCGUUCCGCACAAUGAGUCCGUUGAUCAGGUUGCUUUGGAUAUUGAGUACCACCAUAAUAUGUUACUAUCCCACCAAAAAGUCAAUCCCAAGGAAGUUAUAGUUGGAUGGUAUUCAACUGGUCUUGGAGUAACUGGUGGCAGUGCAUUAAUCCAUGAAUUUUAUUCUCGAGAAGUAUCCAACCCAAUACAUUUGACUGUUGACACAGGAUUUGCAGAUGGAGAGGGCGCCAUAAAAGCAUAUGUUUCAAACAAUUUAUCACUUGGAGAUCAGCAAAUUGCUGCACAGUUUCAAGAAAUUCCAUUGGAUCUUCGUAUGGUUGAAGCUGAGCGCAUUGGAUUUGAUAAUCUGAAGUCAACUUCUGUUGACAAAAUCCCAUCUGAUUUAGAAGGGAUGGAAGCAUCAAUGACACAUCUGUUGGCCUUGGUUGAUGACACCUACAAAUACGUCGAUGAUGUUGUGGAAGGGCGUGUUGACCCAGACAACAAAAUUGGGAAAUGUAUAUCAGAUGUUGUAGGUUCCCUUCCCAAAAUACCCUCCUUGGCAUUUGAUAAGCUUGUGAAUGACAGCUUGCAGGAUCACUUGCUCAUGGUAUAUUUAUCUAGCAUCACAAGGACACAGCUCGGCCUGGCUGAAAAAUUGAACACCGCUGCUCAGAUUCUGUGACUGUCAUAAAUAAAUGCAAUUUUGCUUACGGAUUUCGCCAUUUUGAUAUUUCUCAAAACAUGGAAUAUCAGUAUUUUGUAAUACUGGCAUAAUGCAAAUUUUUUUAUUGCGUAGGUAAUUUCAUUUUAUUGCCUAGGUCUCUUUAUUAGUGGUUCAUACUUCACUAAUGUAAUAUUUGAAAAACGUGGUUAGAGAAAUCCUUUUGUCCGCAAUCUUUUGCUAUGCAACGCCAUGAAUUUAUUCUCAGUCCAUGUGCUUUUGUUUAGUAUGCAACACAUGAACAAGGAUCUAUUAGGAAGGAGGAGUCUUUAGGGGAGCUUAGAGGGGAUACUGGAGUCUGACCUCUUCUGAAGUCCUUGUUGCUUUAUGGGACAAAAUCUAUGUUAUUAUUGUUAUGAAAA